CCAAGUAGCUCUCCAUCGAGCCUGAGCCUGGCUGAUCUCCAGCAGAUCCGACGCUCUCUCUGAGGCAACGACACCAGACAUGGCAGCACCAAUCACCCUCACCCCGCAGUCAGAGCGCAAUCAUCUCCGGCAUUACAGCCCCAGCCCUUGGGGUGAUUUCUUCCUCAACCAUGCCACAUGCACUGACUCCAUCACAGGUAAACAGUAUUAACCUAAUGACCAUACUCUGUUGAUGUUGAAGCUAUAUGCUUUGGCUAUGCAUAUAUAGUAUGCAAAUUUGAGGUGUGUUAGCAUGAAUAGCUAAUUAAAUACAUGUGCAGAAGUGUUUGAGAAGUUUAGGGACAAGCAAGGGAACAUUUCAAGUGACGAUGUCAGCUGCUUGCUAAUGUUGUAUGAUGCUGCAAAUAUGAGAACUCAUGGGGAGGAGAUACUCGACGACAUGAUCACCUUCAACAAGAGCCGCCUCCAAUCUUUGAUGUUGAAAAAUUUGGAGCCAGAGCUGGCAGAGGAAGUGCGAUGCACAUUGGAGACACCUCGGUUCAGGUAGGUCGAGAGGGUGGAGGCAAGGCGCUACAUCUCAUCGUACGAGAAGAAGGUUGUGCAGUAUGGGACCAUACUGGAGUUUGCAAAGCUGGACUACAACAUCUUGCAAACUAUCUACUGUGAUGAGCUGAAAGAACUGACAGUUUAUAGAUGGUGGAAGGAUUUACACUCACGGAACGACCUGAGCUUCGCACGGGAUAGAAUGGUGGAGAUGCAUUUUUGGACUCUCGGAGCACUUUAUGAACCCUAUUACUCGUAUCCGCGGACAAUUGUGACAAAGUUCACCCUGUUAGCAUCAUUGCUUGAUGACUUUUAUGACAACUAUUGUUGCACCACAGAGGAAAGUACUAUCUUCACCACAGCCAUAGAAAGGUGGGAUGAACGAACCACAGAGGAGUUCCCAGCACAUUUGAAGCCACUCCUCAUCAGCAUACUUGACACUACAAACAAGAUUGAGGAGGAGUUAAAACUUCAGAAAAACAGGCAUGCUGAAGUUGUCAAAAAACUAGUGAUCUGCACUGCCAAAUUCUACCAUGCUGAGGUGAAUUGGCGCGAUGAAUACUAUGUACCAACUACUGUUGAUGAGCACCUCCAAAAAUCCCUGCGCAGCAGUGUCUGUAUGCAAAUAAUAAUCGCUGUGCUCAUUUCACUAAGAUAUGGGACUACUACUAGGGAGGAGGAUGUUAAUUGGGCAUUCAGCUUUCCCAAACUUAUGAGAGGUGUUUCUGCUGUGGGGCGCGUUGGAAAUGACAUCAUGUCACAUGAGCGGGAACAAGCUUCGGAACACGUGGUAUCCACGGUGCAAACUUGCAUGAAGCAAUAUGGAGUAACAGCAGAGCAAGCCAACGAAAAGCUUAAAGUUGUAAUUGAAGAAGCAUGGAUGGACAUCGUCGAGGAAUACCUCAACCAGAAGCGACCCAUGGAGUUUCUCGAGAAGUCAGUUGAUGUUGCACGAACAAUGGAUUUCUUUUACAAGCGUGAUGAUGCGUACACCUUGUCUCUCAGCAUCAAGGACACUAUAACUUCGAUGUACGUGAAUCCAUGUGACCUUUAGCUAUGGUAUGGUGUAUACUUUGGUAUUGCUUGAUGAUCCAGCUAGCAUCAAGUAGUGUCCGCAUAUUGUAUGCAAACCUGCUAAUUAAGAUACGGUGUACAUUACUUGGCUAUCAUGAUCAUUAAACUUGUAAAUUUGGGCUGUUUAAUUUUAUCUACACUCGUGUUAGCUACUA